AAAAAAAGACCUGUAGUAUUGCAAAUUGCAAAAACUUAUGGUAUUUCAGAGGCUACCCUACGAAGAUAUAUCAAAAAUCCACAUCAGCAAACAGUGCAGCAGGCAGCUGAAAAUGCACAAGUAUUAACAUGUGCAGAAGAAAGUGUCCUAGUGGAUCGAUUGAUUUUCCUCGAUGAUUGCAACAUACCAGCUGAUCGCGAAAUAUUUUACCAAUUAGCCCAUAAACUUCUCCACUGCCGAGUACCCAACCGUGAACUGGGCUGAGAUUGGAUUACACAAUUUUUAGAACGGCACCCAGAGGUAAAAUAUGUCUAUGUAAAGACAAUAGCCACAUCAAGGGCAAAUGUAAAGAGUUGGGACAUUAUGGAUGACUUUUUU